AGAUGGGCUCAAGGCGCACGGCUGGUCGGCUGGUCUGACCGAAUCGUUUGUGAAAUGUUCGACACGACACAUGGCGCUCGCAUCGUCGCGUUCUGCACAUGUGGCUGAUGGGUGCUACGACUUGCUGUCAAUGCAAGACAGUGAUGCGGACUACGACUCGCAGUCAGAGCAAGACAGUGAUGCGGACUACGACUCGCAGUCAGAGCAAGGCUUGGACACAUUUCACGCACGCAGCACCUGUCCAGACAGUGAUGUGGAUGACAAGUUGGUGAGCAUUUGGCAAAGGUUGGAACGCAACGGUCUUUUAGGCCCUGGCACCAGGAGAUGGUUUCAGCACUUUUGCUUCGCACUCCCGGGUAGGCUUUGCGCCUUCGCCACCAUAUCAGCAUGCAUCUACUGCUUGGUGAGACCCAAUGAGCAGAUUGUCGCCCUGUUGGGCAAGAAAGCCUUCAAUUUGGCCGGGGCCAUGUGUGCCAUAGCCACGCUCUGUGGGAUUUCUUCAGCCUAUGGUGCUACACACAUUCUUCACGACACAAGUUUCAGAAAGCUGGUCACACGCGUCAAGUCUUCGCAAGCACCGGCGUUUACUGCAGAUGAUGACCAAUUCAAUGAAAAGGAUUCGGAUUGGCGAGGGCGUCGGUUUGAUUUCGAUUGGCUGCCCAUGCUCAACUUGAUCGCAAGGCUUUUGGGCUACGCUUUGCUGAUAGGUAUUCCUCUUUGCCCAGCUUUUGAAUCAGAUCCCAUGUACCUCCUUGCGUGGCUGUUAGCAGUGGUCUUCUUGGUGUUUUUUUGCCCUGGCUGCUUCUAUAUUCAGACCUUGGUGGUGAAGUUGAGCCAUCACCACGUGAAAGGUUUAAUUGAAGACAUCGAACAUGCUGCCAAGCGCAAGGCGCCUGGAAAACCUGCUCAGUUCUGGCAGGAGAUGACAGAAAAACACAAAAAGAUGGACCGAACGCUAGAAACGAUUUGGGAUCUUGCAAUGUGGAUGGUCCUGCCUCAUUUCAUCUCAAGCGUGGCUUUCGGGACGAUUGGCCUGGUUGCUUGCUUGACAGGUCUGGCAACGCGCUCCGAUUCUUUGGCAUUAGCUGGUUUGCCCAUCCUUUUGAUCAUGCUCUUUGAGGUGACGAACCGCUUAGAUGAAAUGGCAAGCAUUACCAAGAUGUGCAUGUCCACGGCGACGAAAACUCCAAUGACAAGCAUCCUCGCCUCAGCCAUCGCAGCAUCAGGUAAGAGUCCCUGGAAAAACGAUGCUGGUUGCAAAUCUGUUGGCUACAACGACUUGGCCGACGAGCGUGCAGACCAUGCCCGUUUUUUUGCAGUACUUGAGAACCAAUCGUGCAGGGGUGGAGGUGCGCGGGGUGUUGAUUGACUCCAAUCUGAUUGGCCGAGUGUAUUUGCAUUGUGGCACCGGUUUCCUGGCGCUCUUUUCCUAUUUGCUGGCCAAUCUGAAUAUCCACCAAGAGGACUUGCUGACGGGCUCUCAAGAAGCCAUUCGCCACGUCUCGAACAUCUUAUUCAACCAAUGAACGUUGCCGACGAGGCGAAGGCUACGAACGGAGCAGCAUUUCGGGCAUCGCUACGAACGGAACAAGGUUCGCUACGAACGGGGCUCCUGGCCGUCCUACGAACGGAGCAAGGUUUGCGCAGUCGUCGCCUCCGCCUGGCGCGGUGUGAGACAAAAGAACAUCGUAUGAAGGGUAUCGUCCAGCCAUUCAGGCUUCAAAUUCUGUCACACGGAUCCAGUUGUUUGACAUCAUAUCGAUCUGAAAAAUCAACUGUUGAGAACACGAUAGAACCAUGCCUUUCAAAGACAAGGGUAAAACCCAUUUUCGCCACUUUUGCUCGGUGCCCAAGUCCUGACAUUUUUUUGGCUCAUGUAAUGACUCUCAGGGCUUUGCCGUUCAUGGAGUUACAGCUGGCGACGAAGUGGUUUGGCAUUGCUUGGCUUGGAACAUGUUUUACUAAAAGACCUGGGACCGAAGGUUGACUCGGAU